AUGGCCAUCCCUGCGAAGGGACCACCCCCCAUACCCCCCAGGCCGCCUCAUUUUAAUAGUGUACCGCCGCCGCCACCCAAGAACCGCACGGUCUUGCAGGGCUUCGAGUGGUAUUGCCCGGCUGACCACAAACACUGGCAGCGCUUGGCCCACGCUAUACCCAAUCUGGCCAGGACGGGUAUAACGUCUAUCUGGAUCCCGCCCGCAUGCAAGGCGUUUUGGAGAGGCAGCACGGGUUACGACAUCUAUGAUCUGUACGACCUGGGCGAAUUCGACUGGAAGGAGGCGGUGCACACAAAGUAUGGCACUAAGCAGGAGUUGCUCCAUUUCGUGCAGGUUGCUGAGGCGCAUGGUGUCAAGGUUAUCUUCGAUGCCGUUGUCAACCACAAGGGCGGUGCUGACUAUGCCGAGCCUGUUCGCGCCACUAGGGUUGACCCUGAAGAUCGGCUCGUGGAGAUCAGCGGGCUUGAGGAUAUUCGGGCGUGGACUGGAUUCAACUUCCCGGGUCGUGGUGAAAAUUACAGCUCGUUCAAGUGGAACAAAUCGCACUUUUCCGGCGUGGACUACGAUGACAUAUCCAAAAAGACGGCGGUCUGGAAGUUCGAGGGCAAGGAAUGGGCUCGCGAUGUCGACCUAGCACACGGCAACUAUGAUUACUUGAUGUUCGCCAACAUCGAUCAUACCAACGAGCAAGUUCGUGCAGAACUGUUCUACUGGAUUUACUGGCUCAGCACCCAACUGAAGCUCGGUGGAAUGCGCAUCGACGCCGUCAAGCACAUGUCCAGGAGGUUUGUGCGGGACUUCAUGAUGCACAUCCAGGGGAUUUUCGGCCCCGACUUCUACAUUGUCGGGGAUUACUGGACCGACGAUUCAGUUCUCUUGGCCGGUCUCGUUGACUACAUGGGUGGGUACAUGUCGCUGUAUGAUGUGCAACUGAUGCAAAACUUCAAGGAGCUUUCCAUUGCGAAGGAACCUGACCUGAGGACGGUCUUCCACAAGUCGCUCGUCAGUCUGAAGCCGAACAACGCACUUACUUUUGUUGCUACCCAUGAUAGUCAAGAGGGCCAAUCCUGUGAGACCCUAGUCGACCCCUGGUUCAUCCCCCUAGCCUACUCCCUAAUUCUCCUCUGUGCCAACGCGGGCACCCCCUGUGUUUUCUGGGGCGACCUCUACGGCCUCUACGGCCCCAAAGGCAACCGCAAAGAAGGCACCUUUGAGCCCCCAGCCUUCCACUGGCCCAUCUCGCGAAUGAUUGCCGCUCGACAGCACUUUGCUUAUGGGCCCCAACACGCAUACUUUGACGACCCAACUUCUAUUGGCUUUACCCGUAUCGGGCAUCCCGCGCAUAUGCGGUGUGCGGGGCUCGCUGUCGUGAUGUCGGCGUCGUUCCAAGGCGGCGUGAAGCAGAUGUAUGUCGGCAGGCAUCAUGCCCAUGAACAAUGGGUGGAUCUGCUAAGGGGGGCUGGUGGGCCUGUGGUUAUUGACGCGAAUGGAUGGGGCUUGUUCCCUGUAGCUCCGAGGAUGGUGAGUGUUUGGGUUGAUAUUCGUGCGUUGGAAGCAAGCGGGAUGGACCAGUUUGUCUUGUGA